AAAGUAGAAAAUAUUUUUGUAGUUUUUAUUUAACUAAAAAAUAUUUUUAAAUUCAGACACUUUCAACAUUGAAUCUUUCAAGUAAUAAAUUUGGACCAAGGGGAUCAGAAUGCUUAACUGAUGCUCUAAGAAAUAACAAGACACUCACGGAAAUUAAUUUUGGAAGUACUCGAUUUGGAGACAAAGCUUUACAAAAAUUUUCUGAAUUUUUAACAAAUGCUGAAACAUUGAGUAAAUUGACUCUUUAUCAUAAUGAAAUUGGAAAUGAAGGAAUGAACCAUGUGGCUAAUGGCUUAAAAAAUAACAAGGCACUUACUUUACUUGAUCUUCAAGGCAAUAAAAUUGGAGAUGAAGGAAUUAAAUAUUUAGCUGAUAGUUUAACAAAUAAUAAGACACUUAUUUCACUUGAUCUCUCAGACAAUUUAAUUGGAGACGAAGGACUUAAAUAUUUAAUCGAUGCUUUAAUAAAUACGACUACACUUACAAAACUUAAUCUUGAUAACAACAGAAUUAGAGAAAAAGGUGCUGAAUAUAUAUCUGAUAUUUUAAGAAAUAACAAAACAUUAACUGAAUUGUCACUCAGAAAAAGUUUUAUAGGAUCCAAAGGCGGUCAACAUCUUGGUGAUGGUAUACGUAAUAAUAUGUCAUUAAAGACACUUGCAAUCUCUAACGCUCAUCUUGGAAAUGAAGGUCUUCAAUAUUUUAUUGAUGGUUUACAAAAUAAUACGAUAUUAUCAAAAUUAUAUAUUGGCGAUAAUAAAUAUGAUGAUGAUGCAGAAAAACGUGCGAAAGAAGUUUUGAAGACAAAAUCUGGACCAGAAGUCGAUAUAUCAUGGUGGUAA